CCGCGUUUUACGAACACGUGACAAAGUUUAUUGUUGGCUCCGGUGUUAGCGAAAGGGAGAAGGAACACAGAAAAAACAACAGAUUAUCAUAAUGUCUUCCCCUGUGACCCCAAGAAGAAAGAGCAAAAGGGGAAGGGAAGAGACCAGCAGUCCAACGCCAGAAGAAACAGAUCCAGUCACACCAUCAAGGCGCAGUACAAGGUCUGGAGCUUCCACACCUUCCACUAAAGGUAGUGCAAGGAAGCAGAGAGCCUCGUCAAAAGAUGAUGCCACAUCCCCUCCAAAGAAGGACAGGAAAAUUGACAGUUCUCCAGGGGCUGAUCUGGCCCCUUUACCCUCCUCUCCCUCCUCUGGGGCCCAACAGGAGUCGUCUCUGUUCUCUAGUCCACCACAGUCCAGAGCUGGGGCCCCAACAAGUGAAAUUGACCUGAGUUCUCCAUUGAAUUAUGGAACUCCCAGCUCAAGGGGUGGCCCCAGGACACCAGGAGUACUAAACACUCCGAUCCGCAGUCGGCCAGAUGUUCGCAGUGAUCGUAAGCUGAGACAAGUGACCAUUGGAGGAUCAGAUCCUAGUGAGCCAACUCGUAUCACCAGCGAAAUCACCAGUGACCCAAACGCUGGGCCACAGCUUGUGAUCUGGGGUACCGACGUUGUUGUCAGUCACUGUAAAGAAAAGUUCCGUCGCUUUAUUGCACGCUUUAUAGACAGAAAUGUGUCUGAAGAUGAAGGGUUUUCUGGAAUGGAUAUAAACGAACCCCAUUACCUACAACGUCUGGAGGAGGUUAAUGUGAUCGGUGAACCGUACCUGGGGAUCAACUGUGCCCACUUGCGCGACUUUGAUCCAGAUUUGUACCGACAGCUGAUUGCCUACCCUCAGGAAGUCAUUCCCACAUUUGACAUGGCCAUCAACGAAAUGUUCUUUGAUAGAUACCCAGACACUGUUCUAGAGCACCAGAUUCAAAUACGACCCUACAAUGCAGAAAAAACCAAGAAUAUGCGCUCGCUCAAUCCAGAAGACAUCGACCAGCUGAUCACAAUAAGUGGUAUGGUGACCCGCACCUCUUCGUUGAUCCCAGAGAUGAGAGAGGCCUUCUUUAAGUGCUAUGUGUGUGCUAAUACUGCUUCUGUAGAGAUUGACCGUGGACGUAUCGCAGAGCCAACACUCUGUACCAACUGCAAUACAAACCACUCCUUUGCUAUGGUUCAUAAUCGCUCCCAGUUCACCGACAAACAGAUGAUCAAACUCCAGGAAUCUCCAGACGACAUGCCCCCAGGUCAGACUCCACACACGGUGUCACUGUAUGCCCACAACGACCUCGUCGACAAGGUUCAGCCUGGUGAUAGAGUUACCAUCACUGGGAUCUAUCGUGCCACACCUCUACGUGUUAAUCCCCGCCUCCGCAAUGUCAAGUCGGUCUACAAGACGCACAUUGACACUGUACACUUCCGCAAGCUAGAUGCAACCAGACUGAGGGAGUGCACUGUUGACGAUGACGGACAUAAAGAAGCUGUGAUAAGCCAAGAAAGAAUUGAUUUCCUGAGAGAAUUGUCGAAAAAAUCGGACAUAUAUGAAAGAUUAGCCAGGGCAAUUGCCCCAAGUAUUUACGAAAAUGAGGACGUAAAGAAAGGAAUCCUGUUGCAACUGUUUGGGGGAUGUAGAAAAGAUUUCUCCAAUACAGGCAGAGGGAAAUUCAGGUCUGAGAUGAACAUUCUGCUGUGUGGAGACCCAGGAACAAGUAAAUCACAGCUGUUGCAGUAUGUACACCACCUGGUGCCGCGUGGCCAGUACACAUCUGGGAAAGGCUCGAGUGCAGUGGGUCUCACCGCCUACGUCACCAAGGACCCAGAGACACGACAGCUCGUCUUGCAAACAGGAGCAUUGGUUCUCAGUGACAAUGGCGUAUGUUGUAUUGACGAGUUUGACAAGAUGAGUGACAGCACCAGGUCUAUUCUACACGAAGUCAUGGAGCAGCAGACCUUAUCAAUAGCCAAGGCAGGAAUCAUCUGUUCUCUCAAUGCAAGGACGUCUAUCCUAGCUGCUGCCAAUCCUGUCGAGUCCCAGUGGAACAAAAACAAAACCAUCACAGAGAACAUUCAACUGCCUCAUACCCUACUCUCGAGGUUUGACUUGAUCUUCCUAAUCCUUGACCCACAAGAUGAAGUAUUUGACCGUCGACUAGCCAGCCAUCUUGUGUCUCUCUACUUCCGGUCAGAGAAGGAGGAGGAAGAAGAACAUCUGGACAUGAGUAUUCUGAAGGACUACAUGACCUAUGCUAAAAACUACAUCCAGCCCAAGAUCGGGGAGGAGUCUGGCCAGACAUUAAUCCAGGCCUACGUGGACAUGAGGAAGGUGGGCAGUGGACGGGGCCAGGUUUCAGCCUACCCUCGUCAGCUCGAGUCAUUGAUCAGACUGUCGGAGGCCCAUGCGAAAAUGAGAUUCUCUUCUAUUGUGGAGACGUGUGAUGUGGAAGAGGCAAAGAGACUGUACAAGGAGGCCUUGAAGCAAGCAGCAAUCGACCCCUCUACUGGCAAGAUUGACGUCACAAUCCUAACCACUGGCAUUAGUGGUGCUGCCCGCAAGAGGAAGGCCGAGGUUACACAGGCUCUCAAGAAACUGAUCCAGGAGAAGGGCAAGGUCCCCACUCUCAAACACCAGAAACUGUUUGAAGAUUUCAAGGAAAAAUCUGACUUCCCCAUCGCUCGCGAAGCAUUUGACGAGGCCUUGAAAGAGCUUCAAGAGGAGGACUUCUUGAUCGUGACCAACAAGCUGAUACGACUCUGUCAGUAAUAUGGAAAAAUUAGAAUGAAAAGUGCUGGAUGUCGCCAGGAAUAUGGAUAACUAGGGUGAAAUCAUGCAAGAUGUUGCGAACUUGGAUGUAAUAUUGUCAGUAAGAGUAGCACGAUACUGAUCAACAUCAGCAGUAACUGCUGGCUGGAUGUUGAAGAUUUGACAGGAAAGUUUUACUAGAAGUAACUUUAUCUGGUGAACUAUCAAACUCUGCAUGUGAUGGAUCUUAUUUUUCAUUGAGACAGUUGUACAUUUGUGGUUGUCAAAGUUGACAGAACAAGUUUCUACUUUGAACUGUUGCAGUGCUUGAUAUAAAGAAUUGAGAGUGCUCUAUGCAAAAUUAGGAGUCAGUACUUCAUAUAAUAUUUUGCUGUAUUAGGACAAGUAUGGAUAAGAGAAUUGUAAUUAUGCACACAGUUAGUGAAUAUAGCUAUGUACAUAGAUAUUGUUAAUGAGCUCUUCAGGAGUUGAACAAAUUGUUAUUGAGAAAUAAUAAUUAAAUGAAUGUUGGAAUUUCAUACUGAAAAAUUCAAUGUUACAUUCAUUGUGUACAGUUUAUACCUAAUUAAAUACUUAUGUCAGGA